AGAAAGGUUGCCCAGACUUGUAUAGCAUAACCCAGGCCACCUGGGGGGUUGGGGGUAAGGUAAGCCUAGGUGGGGGAAUCUGAGCAGACCAGGCAAUUUCUGUCCAGUAAGCAACCAUGUGCACGCAUUUGGAGCAAUGACCACUUCACGUCAUCUUGACUGUUAGAAAUAAUUUUGCCAACACCAUCCAAGAGCCCAAACUAUAGAAGAUAGAAUCUCAGAGACACCUAAUGAAAGUUCAGUAUUAAAAACUAGGCUGGAUAGACAAACCUCUCCAUUUCUGGAAGAGAGCAGGAAGAAAGUAAGUCUGAUACUUUAUUUGCAGAUACAACCACAUGUAGGGAGCAGAACUCCUGGGAUUCUCCAGUAACACCCAGCAGCUCCCAGCCACGCAGACGCAGGAUUCCCCUGGUGCCCUCCAGCCUCCAGCUCCCUGGAUCGGCCGCUCAAUCACGGUCGAAGAGUAUUACCAGGAGAAGCAAGCUCAGUCAUAGUGGCUGAAGAGGAUCUUCGAGGAUAAGACUGCUACCACCUCAGGCUUUGGAGCUACGACCCAGACCACCAGCAGCGGUAGCAGUAGCUCAGAGUGUGCCAGCACAACAUCAUCCCAGUUCACAUCCAGGGUGUCACCAGGCCCCGCUGCCAGUGGGGACUUUGGGAUGAGCGUGUCAGCCCCCCACAGCAGCUCCACCAGAGGGGCAUUCAACUUUGUGGCAGGAUGGAGUGGGAGAACUGGUGGCACGGCCCCUUUCUGGGGAUGCUUGAGUCAGAACUCCCUUGGUGUACCUGGCCAGAGCACACUGUUUGCCGUCUACGUGGCCAGCACACCUCAGAACACGUCUGUGCUUGUAGGCAUCACCUCAGCUUUUGGAGCUGUGACCCAGACCACCAGCUGUGGGACCAGUACAUCGGUGUUUGGCAGCACCAUCUCAUCGCCCUUCACGUCCGGGGUGUCAGCAGGCCCCGCUGGCAGUGCGGGCUUUGGGAUGAGGGUGGCUGCCCCCCACAGCAGCUCCGCCACUGGGGUGUUCGGCUCUGCGGCAGGGCACCGUGGGAGAACUGCUGGCAAGAACCCUUUCUGGGGAGGGUUGAAUCCAAACUCCCUGGGUGCAGCUGGCCGGAGCACACCCUCUCCCUUCCAUGUGGCCAGCACGCAUCAGAAGACAUCUGGGUUUGUAGGCAUCACCUCAGCUUUUGGAGCUGUGACCCAGACCACCAGCUGUGGGACCAGUACAUCGGUGUUUGGCAGCACCAUCUCAUCGCCCUUCACGUCCGGGGUGUCAGCAGGCCCCGCUGGCAGUGCGGGCUUUGGGAUGAGGGUGGCUGCCCCCCACAGCAGCUCCGCCACUGGGGUGUUCGGCUCUGCAGCAGGGCACCGUGGGAGAACUGCUGGCAAAAACCCUUUCUGGGGAGGGUUGAAUCCAAACUCCCUGGGUGCAGCUGGCCGGAGCACACCCUCUUGCUUCCACAAUGCCAGCACACCUCAGGACACAUCUGGGAUUGCAGGGAAGGUUUGGAAUGGAGUCAGUCUGUGGUGCAAGGCACUGUUUUAAGUGCUGACACAGUCUCUGCUUUUUUUGCUAUACACUGUGGUGAAAAUUUAGAAGUUAUCGCAGAAGUUAUCUAUAAACAGCGUGAAGUAGCAGUGUAACAUAUGACCGGAAGAGCUAUUUUGAUAGUCAGCCUCAGCCUUUCUGAGACAAUAGCAAACUGAGGCCGUGGCCACAGUUCCAGAGUUGGGGGCAGGGACAGCGGCUGUUUGUGAGUGUGUUGCAGGCACAGGAGUAAAGGCCCGAAGGUAGAUAUGAGCUCAUGUUUUCAUGAGCAGAGAAGAGCCAGGUGUGGCUAGCCGUUUGAAAAGGAUUGUGGGAUAAAAUGACAUUAAGAGACAGGCAGAAAGAUCAUUCAUGGCCUCUUAAAAUUAAGUUUUUUUGGUAGCAGUCUACCAUUACAUGCAGAACAUUACCUUUACUAGGCUUGCCCCUUCCCCAAAUCCCCACCCAUACCCCAUUACAGUCACUGUCUAUCAGUGUAGUAAGGUACUGUAGAAUCACUACUUGUCCUCUCUGUGUUGCUCAGCCCUUCCCGUGCCCCCCCCCCAUAUUAUACAUGCUAAUCAUAAGGCCCCCUUUCUUUUCCCCAACCCUUAUCCCUCAUUUCCCACCCAUUCUGCUCAGUCCCUUUCCCUUUGGUAACUGUUAGUUCUUUUUUGGGUUCUGUAAUUCUGCUGCUGUUUUCUUCCUUCAGUUUUUUCUUGUUCUUAUGCUCCACAUAUGAGUGAAAUCAUUUGGUUCGUGUCUGUCUCCACCUGACUUAUUUCAGUGAGCAUAGUUCCCUCUAGCUCCAUCCAUGUUGGUGCAAAUUGUAGGAUUUGCUUUCUUCUUGUGGCUGAAUUAUAUUCCAUUGUACAUAUGUAUCACAUCUUUUUUAUCCAUUCAUCUACUGAUGAACAUGUAUUUUGUUUCCAUUUCUUGACUGUUGUAAAUAGUGCUGCCAUAAACAUAGGGGUGCAUAUGUCAUUUUCAAACUGGCUGCUGUUUCUUGGAGUAAAUUUCUAGGAGUGGAAUUCCUGGGUCAAAUGGUAUUUCUAUUUUGAGCUUUUUGAGUAACUUCCAUAUUGCUUUCCACAAUGGUUGAACCAUUUUACAUUCCCACGAACAUCGUAGGAGGGUUCCCCUUUCUGCACAACCUCGCCAACAUUUGUUGUGGUUUGUGUUUAGGAUGGCAGCGAUCCUUAGUGUUGUGAGGGGAUAUCUCAUUGUGGGUUUAAUUUGCAUUUCUCUGAUGACAAGUGAUGUGGCGCAUCUUUUCAUGUGUCUAUUGGCCAUCUGAAUGUCUUCUUUGGAGAACUGUCUGUUUAGCUCCCCUGCCCAUUUUUUAAUUGGCUUAUUUGCUUUUUGUUUGUUGAGCUGUGUUAGCUCCUUAUAUAUAUUUGAUGUCAACCUUUUAUCAGAUCUGUCAUUUAUGAAUAUAUUCUCCCAUACUGUAGGAUGUCCUUUUCUUCUGUUGAUGGUGUUCUUUACUGUACAUAAGCUUUUAAGCUUGAUAUAGUCCCAUUUGUUCAUUUUUCCUUUUGUUUCCCUUGCCUGGGGAGAUACGUUCAUGAAGAAGUCACUCAUGUUUAUGUCCAAGAGAUUUUUGCCUUUUUGGUUCAAGACUUUUAUGGUUUCAUGACUUACAUUCAGGUCUUUGAUCCAUUUUGAAUUUAGUUUUGUGUCAGGGGUUUAGACAGUGAUCCAUGUUUCCUCCUUUUUUGCAGCCAUCACCUCAGCCUUUGGAGCUAUGACCCUGACCACCAGCAGCAGGACCAGUAGCUCAGACUUUGGCGGCAACACCUCAUCGCCUUUCACGUCCAGAAUGUGAGCAGGUCUCGCUGGCAGUGCGGGCUUUGGAAUGAGCAUAGCUGCCCCCCACAACAGCUCCACCACUGGGACAUUCAGCUUUGGGUCAAGACAGAGUGAGGGAACUGGUCUCAAGAACCUUUUCUGUGGAGAGUUGAAUCAGAACACCCUGGGUGUAGCUGGCCUGAGCACACCCUCUACCUUCCACAUGGCCAGCAUUCAUCAGAGCACUUCUGGGAUUGCAGCCACCACCUUGGGCUUCAUAGCUACGACCCAGAACAACAGCAGCAGGACCAGUUGCUUAGUGUAUGGCAGUACCGCUGCAUUGUCCUUCACGUCCGGGGUACCAGCAGGCCCCGCUGGCAGUGGGGGCUUUGGGAUGAGUGUGGCUGCCCCCCACUGCAGCUCCACCACCAGGACGUUUUACUUUGUGGCAAGACGGAGUGGGAAAACUGGUGGUACAGCCCCUUUCAGAGGAGGCUUGAUUUAGAACUCCCUGGGUGCUGCUGGCUAGCGCACACCCUCUGUCUGCCACGUGGCCAGCACGCCUCAGGACACAUCUGUGUUUGCAGCCACCACCUCGGGCUUUGGAGCUACAACCCAGACCACGAACAGUGGGACCAGUAGCUCAGUGUUUGGCAGCAGCACCUCAUCACCCUUCAUGUCUGGGGUCUCAGCAGGCCCUGCUCACAGUUGGGGCUUUGG